CUCUUGUUGCAUCGCAUUCGCAUAGUCAUCCAGGUUCCGGGCUCCAGCUCAGCCGCCACACCGCCGCAUCUCCACCGCUUCCCCCCCUAAACCCCCGCCGCCGACCAUGGCGUCCUCCUCCGCUAAACCCUACUGCUGCUCCUCCCUAAACCCCGCCCCUUCCAACGCCAUCGCCAGGCGCGCUGCCCUCUCCGCCCUCCCCGCCGCCAAGCCCCGCCGCUUCUCCCAUGGCCUCGCCGCCGUCGCCGCGAACCCUAGGGCCUCCCGCUCCGCCGUCCUCCGCCCCGUCCGCGCGUGCCUGGCGGCGCCGCGGCGGCCGGAGUACGUCCCGGACCGAAUCGACGACCCCAACUACGUUCGCAUCUUCGACACCACGCUCCGCGACGGGGAGCAGUCCCCGGGGGCCACCAUGACCAGCGCGGAGAAGCUCGUCGUUGCGCGCCAGCUCGCCCGCCUCGGCGUCGACAUCAUCGAGGCGGGCUUCCCGGCGUCCUCGCCGGACGACCUUGAUGCCGUGCGAUCCAUCGCCAUCGAGGUGGGGAACACACCCGUCGGCGAGGAUGGCCAUGUGCCCGUCAUCUGCGGCCUCUCGCGGUGCAACAAGAGGGACAUUGACGCCGCCUGGGAGGCCGUGCGCCACGCACGGAAGCCGCGCAUCCAUACCUUCAUUGCUACCAGCGAGAUCCACAUGCAGCACAAGCUGCGGAAGACGCCCGACCAGGUGGUGGCCAUCGCAAGGGAGAUGGUGGCUUAUGCGCGCAGUCUUGGAUGCCCCGAUGUCGAGUUCAGCCCCGAGGACGCCGGCAGGUCAAAUCGAGAGUUCCUGUAUCAUAUCCUAGAGGAAGUAAUAAAAGCUGGAGCGACAACUCUCAACAUCCCGGACACUGUUGGGUACACUCUCCCUCAUGAAUUCGGGAAAUUAAUUGCUGACAUAAAAGCAAACACUCCUGGAAUUGAAAAUGCAAUUAUAUCUACUCAUUGCCAAAAUGAUCUUGGUCUUGCAAGUGCCAACACAUUAGCGGGUGCUUAUGCAGGAGCACGACAAUUAGAGGUGACUAUCAAUGGUAUUGGUGAAAGAGCCGGAAAUGCUUCCUUGGAGGAGGUUGUCAUGGCAAUUAAAUGUCGACGAGAACUCUUAGGUGGAUUACACACUGGAAUUAAUUCGCAACAUAUUACCAUGACAAGCAAAAUGGUACAAGAGCACAGUGGACUUCAUGUACAGCCGCAUAAAGCUAUUGUUGGUGCCAAUGCCUUUGCUCAUGAAAGUGGAAUUCAUCAGGAUGGGAUGCUUAAAUUUAAAGGAACUUAUGAGAUAAUAUCGCCUGAUGAUAUUGGUUUAACACGUGCAAAUGAGUUUGGUAUUGUUCUUGGGAAGCUCAGUGGAAGGCAUGCUGUCAGAACCAAACUAGUGGAGCUUGGAUAUGAAAUCAAUGACAAAGAAUUUGAGGAUUUCUUUAAACGCUACAAAGAGGUUGCAGAGAAAAAGAAGCGUGUAACUGAUGAAGACAUAGAAGCUUUAUUGUCUGAUGAGAUAUUUCAGCCUAAGGUUAUUUGGUCCCUUGGUGAUGUACAGGCAACAUGUGGAACACUUGGUUUAUCUACAGCAACUGUCAAAUUGAUAACUAUAGAUGGAGAGGAAAAGAUAGGAUGUUCUGUUGGAACUGGCCCAGUUGAUGCAGCAUACAAGGCUGUUGACCAAAUAAUACAGAUUCCAACUGUUCUUAGAGAAUAUAGCAUGACUUCGGUCACAGAAGGCAUUGAUGCAAUUGCAACCACUCGAGUAGUCAUCGCUGGAGAUGUCAGCGCCGAUAAACCUGCUUUGACUAGUAACUCCAAUCGAUCCUUCAGUGGGAGUGGCGCAGCCAUGGAUGUUGUCGUAUCCAGUGUCCGAGCUUACCUCAGUGCCCUGAAUAAGAUGUCCAGUUAUGUUGGUGCUGUAAAAGCCAGCAGCGAAGCACCUGAAACCAUUAGUGUUCAGACCACAGAAUGAGCGUUUACACUACAUUUCUUUUCGGUUAUGUCAUCCCUGGAGCAAUGUGAAAUCCCCGGCAAAGUGUUUAAAAUAUGGUAUUGCAUGUUAGUAAAGAGCUGUUUGGUGGUGUAAGGGGAUGGUUUUUCCAGCUGUCGUGGAUCUGAAGGAUAUUUUGUUCUCAUAGGUGAAUUGCAACUUCUGUUUGAAUAAUGAAGCAAUUUUACAA